AUAAGAUGCCGAAGGGAGACAAGUUCCAACCCGGAGAGCUGGUGUUCGCGAAGGUGAAGGGGUAUCCUCCAUGGCCGGCUAGAAUUACGGGCAUGUCAUCGAAAGAUAGGUAUAAGAUCUAUUUCUACGGAACAUAUGAGACUGCUAGCCUGAAGAAUGAAGAUAUUUGGAGAUAUUCUCAAGAAAUCAAAGAGAAAUUCGCUCCAAAGAACAUGAAGAGGAAAGGAUAUCCGGAAGGAUUGGAUCAGAUUGAGAAUACUCCGGAAAUAGCUGCUGUAGAUGAUGAUAUAAACUUCGAGGAUCUGAACACUACAGUUGAAGCAUCAAUGGUUGAAUCUCCUCUACCUCCUUCUAGUAAAAAGAAGGUUGAGAAGCCUGUAGCUAAACAAGAAACUCCUAAACCAGAAAUAGGAAAAUCCACCAAACCAGAGAUGAGUAAAUCCGCCAAAAUCGAAACUUCCAAAUCUUCCAAGGUUUCCACACCCAAAGAACCUGCUAAACCUGAGACUAAACCUGGAAAACGAAAAGCAGUGGACGGAGCAGGAGACUCUAAACCUAAAGCUGACUCUGACACUCCAAAGACGGCCAAGAAGGCCAAGAUAGACGAGGAGCCGGUCGACGAAUCGGCUGAGAAGACCAGUCGAAGCGGACGAGUUAUCAAGCCUAAACGGUUUGGAACGGAUAUCAGUACGCCGACAAGGAACACAGAUACAGAUAGUGACAGUCAAGGUGAGGGAGAAAAGAAGCUGAGAAAACCACCCACUAAAAAGGGAACGAGUAAGACUGAAGUAGAAGAAGAAAAGGAAAACGCGGUCGGAAACAAAACCCCGCAGAAAAUGACCGGAAGUGGAGACGGUGUAUCACCGUCUAAGACCACUAGAACACCGGAAGAAGAGAAAGCAAGGAAGCUUGAGAAACGGAAAAGUAAACUAAGGUGGCUGAAAAUUGAACAAAGAUUAGUGGAACUAGAUAUUGCGAUUAAAUCCUCCCUUCAUCUAGAAAGACCCUCCCCUGACAGGUGUAUCUCAGCUCUAGAAGAACUGAAUGAGCUCUCUUUAGCUCCUUUUAUGCUCAAAAAACAACCUGACAUUGUAACAACAGUUCGACGGCUCCGGAAAUAUAUUGGUCCUCACAGCUUCAAUACCUGGCCAGAUCAGGAUCAAAGGAAGAAGAUGGAAACAUCUAUUGAGAAAAUACAGAAGAAAGCUGAUCAGAUUUAUAACAAGUUUAAAUCUUAUUUUGCUUACCAGGGAGAGAAACCGUUCUCCCAAAUGUUUGAAGAAGAGGUUCAUGAGUUCAGAAGAGUUACUCAGGGUAUGGACGAGAGUAAGGUUCUGAGUAUGAUCCGGGAUCCUUGCCAGGAGGCGGAAGUUUCAGACGAGGAUUAAACCUGGCUUCAACAUUAAACUGAUCUUAAGCCUGGGUUUUGUUUAAUCUCCUCCCUGGUUUCAGGGUUUGUCUGAUCCUGGUUUCAGGGUUUGUCUGAUCCUGGUUUCAGGGUUUGUCUGUCCUAGUUUCAGGGUUGUCCGUCCUGGUUUCAGGGUUUGUCUGUCCUGGUUUCAGGAUUUGUCUUAUCAUGAUUUCAGGAUUUGGCUGCUCCAGGUUUCAGGGUUUGUUUAGUAAUGGUUUAGUAUAUCAUGGCUCAAGAACGAAUAUAAUCCUGGCUUCAAAUUUAUCUUCGCUUAACAUUAUGAUUUAUCAUGAUUUAAAUGUUGGAUUUGACGUGAACCUAGUUUUGUUGAUUUUUUUUUGUAUUUGAUCCUGAUACUUGAAUUAACAAUCAACCCAAUUUCAAACUUUUUUGCUUUAAAAAAUGCGGACAAAUCCUGGAAAUCAGGACGGAUCAUGGAAACCAGGACAGAUCUUAGAAACUGGGCAGUGUCCUAGAAUCCAGGACGGAUCCUGAAUCCAGAACGGAUCCUGAAUCCAGGACGGAUUGGUUCAGUAUCUCGCCUCACAGUUCAAACACUCAGUACCUUGCCCAGUCUUCUCUUUAAAACGCUAUCAAUGAAUCAAACCUGGGAUUAAACUUAAAUCAACUUUUAAUAGUUCUACAAUUAGACAUAUUACGGUCUAAUAGCAUCAAUCAAUUAUCUCAAGCAUCCUCUGCUAUCCCAGUAGUUUGUUAUUUCUUUAACAUUAAUUAUUCUU